AUGGAAUUCAUGGAUAUUGUCGCGGAGCUUCAGACCCUUCCAAGCGAACUCCAUAUUCUAUGCCCACGACAAAACGACGACGACCAUUCACGGUAUGAUGACGAUAACGAAGUCGAUGAGUCAGGGAGGAGUGUUGCGCAGUUGGUGGCGGAGGCCAAAGACCGCAGAGAAAAAUUCUUAUCUUGCAUGCGGAUCCUGGCUUACAACGAGGAAGUCGAAGAUAUACAAAAGUGGAUUUGGCAUAAGAUAGACGACACGUUGGAGAAAUGCGACCUUUGCAUCAAACAAUACUACGUCGGGAAAAUAUGGCUUAUGGAGCAACUCAAAGAGAACUACGAUGACGAAGAUAUCGAAAAGUUUUCUCGCAUGCUUGACGACUGGGACAUUAAACGGAUUACCAGGAAUCUGACAACUGCAACAGCCAAAUUAAAAGAGGUUCCUCCAGACCAAAUCGGUCUACAUGUGUUGGAUAGGGCAUCGUUGUUGUCCAUCUUUGAGACAUUGAGCUGUGAUGCUAUGCUACGCAACGACCGCUUACUGACGGAGAAUUUCGACGAGCCGUUCAGAUUGAUUCAGACCAAACGCACUCUCAAGGUUUCGGAUUACAUUCCCGCUGUCACUCGCUUUCUGUUUGAUCCCAACCAAAGCCGCAGCUUCUGGGCAAUUCAUUCUUGGAUGCGGUAUCAGAGACCUCCUACCACAUCGGAAUUUGACUGGGCGAUCAAAGAAGGCCUUCUUGAUGCGUUAAGGACAGCCUCUCAGCAGCCUGUGCAAGUGGCUGUAAUCCAACGGCUGUGGCGCGGCAUGCAACUCAUUGCCAAAAAAUUGGAUAAGGAGCAAAUAACACACAAUCUACGCGCGCUUGAAAUCGAUCCAUGUCGCCUCUCCGUUGAACAUCUCGCCAUCCAAUCCCAUGGUUUACGAUUCACCCUCAACACUGUUCAGAUUUUUCUAGAGAAGGCACCUGGGGACUUUUGGGAUGCAAUGCAAACAAUAUCGCCUCAGGCUAUUAUUGAACUGGUGUUUUACAACCCACAACUGGACGCUUUCCUUAUGCAAGCCACGGAGGGCGAGGCAUAUGAGAAGUCAGCCAUGAAGGAUAUGUUAUCAUGGGUCAAACCGUUCAUGUCUUCGCUGAAAGGCCCUCAUCAGCCUACAGCAUGUAGGUCGCUUGUGUAUCAACUGAUAGAUCGCCUGCAGGAUGAGCGCUUUCCAAACCUAGCGAGGUACCAUUGCUUUGAUGUCGGAUUGGACAGCCUACUCCAUACGCUUCGCAGUUUUACCGAUCACGAAGCUUCAAGAGAAUCAGUAGGGCGUAUUGUUCUGUCCGAAACUCUGGGGGUCGUGAGCGAAUAUAUCAAGACAAUCCUCAGACCUCCACAGUUUGCUGUUGAACAGAGUCGACAGCGCAAUAUCAAAGCACUUUGCAUGGACGUCAUUCGCAACACUUUAGCCCUCGAGUGCCAGUCCCUGAAGAGCGAUUACGAAGUUAUUCUUAAGCAAGGCUCGCUUCAGCAUGGUGUCAGUACAUAUUCUUCUUCCAUAUGGGACGCGGUUAUCGUAAACCUACAUGAAGAUGAUCUCGCUCUUUCAACGUCCGCUUUGCUUGGUAUAUUACCAUUGGUGGGCCUUGAGAAAUUUUCGACGAGAGAGGGGACUGUCCCAGAGAAAACAAAAUUUAAUACAAUCUACGACCACCUUACUCAUAUCGCCUGCCAAAUCAUUGAAAGGCUGGCUGAUUUCAAACCAGAACAUCUUGAUGAGCUCUUCAAGAGCCAGGAUACUGGCAGCGCUCUUGUAUCUACUCUCUUCGCAGCUGACCCCGAUACCUACCAGGCGGCUGUGGAUCUCAUCAAGAACGUUAGCAGCCAGUCUGCUCGAAGAGAUGCAAUUUCCCAUCUGCUCCAGUCUUUCUUUACCACGACAAUGUAUGGAUUUAGUUGGUCAUUCCGACGGAUUUCAAAUAUGAAGACAUUCGCUUCGGCACCGAGAAUGAUUCAUACCGGUACAGAUAUCGUGGAUAUCCUCUGCGACAGCCAAACUGGUAUACUCAGAACCCGAAAGCUUGUUGACCGCAGAGAAACUCUGUCUCUUCAAAAGCUCUGGGAAUAUCUCUGGCAAGCCUUGACAACGAUAUUCGACGAGACUGAGGAGUGGCAUCGUCGCGGUAAUGAUAAGUCAGUGAUGUUGGAAUUUUGCCGUGACAGCAUACAAUUCGCGGAUCUCUUAUUCAGCCAAUAUGGUGUCUUCUUAAGUGCUGUUACAGAUGCAGAUCCCUCCCAGGCAGCAGCUGCUAGCGAAACCUUUCUCAAGCCGCCCACAGCGACAAUGAGUGGAAUGGCUAAGUGGCUCCGACUUAAAGAUGAAUAUCUCGCGACCACAUUGGUCGGGCUUGUAUCCAAGAUUCUUCGUCGUUUAGGUGAACUCAGCGUGACAACGCUAAGAGCAGAUGCUUUAAGCUUCAUCGAAGGAGUUGCAGUCAAGAAUACUGUCAAAACGAUACUUACUCCGAGGGAGAAGGCGGAGCUCGUGAGAGCUCUGGAGGCCUAUUACAAGAAACCUGUCGUGACUGCAUCGACUGCGAGCCUUAAGAAGCAGAGCAUGAUUACUACAUUUGCCAAGCCAACCGAAUCUUCCGCCUCACCGAGUCCUUCAAGGGCGACAGAUGAAUUUGAUGAAAGCGACGUUUCCGAUAGUGUUCUACUACAACUCUCCCGGUCUGUUGAAUUGAACAAAGAACGUAUUGCGGCGGUUGAAGCGAAGAAGAAGACGGAGAAGCCUACGCGGACACUUCCUAUUACCUCGAAACCGGCACCGGCUGCGCCUGCAGCUCCUUUGAAAUCCAACUUGGCCAUUCAAUCCUUCCGAGAGAAACGUGAAAAGGAAAGGGAAGCUAAAAGACAGCGCGACCUCGCGGCAUUGGCACGUCUGAAGAAGAAUGCGCCCACAGGUGUUGCCGAACAAACAGCCAUGCAAGGCUCCGCCAUUGCCGGACUUGGGGUGAAGGGCAAGGACCAUUCUGCUCCUGCUGAUAGCAUGAUGGUUUCUUCUGGCUCAGAGUCUGAAUCAGAAAGCGAAGAUGAACUCGAUAAAGAGCUGUUUGGCCCUAAAGCAAACUCUAAGCCAGAUGCCGUCAAGGCUUAUGAAGAGAGUAAGAAAAAGUCAUUGAAACUCCAAGGUCCCGUCAAGAAAAUCAAGCAAGUGCGUUCUGCAAAGGAUAUGCGUGCUCGAUUAGCUCCCGAUCUUUCUUCGCUGCACCGUACUAUUCUUACUUGGGACUUUUUUGCAAGUGGUGAUCUACCUCCUAAUUCAGGACGCACUGAUUAUAGUCUUGUAUCGAACGCUUUCCGAGACCCAAUCGAGUAUCAGAGGACAUUUGAGCCUCUCCUAAUACUCGAAGCCUGGCAAGGCUUUCAAUCGUCGAAAGAAGAAGGUUCCUUCAAGAAUUUCGAAAUCAAAGUCGCGACACGUCUGUCGGUGGAUUCUUUUGUCGAAGUUAGCACCGUAAUGCCGGGCACUGAAGUCAAGGAUUUGGGUAUCGGUGAAGCAGAUCUCGUUUUGCUUUCUAAAGCAAGUACCCCUGCGACCAAUUCGUCAGCACCUCACUGCAUGGCCAGAGUUGCCAGUAUCAAUAGGAAAAAGGGCAAUGUUGAGGUUUCCUAUAGGGUUAACCCUGGUAAUCCUUUCAUAAAUUCACUUGGUCCUGGUGCAGCAAUUUUUGGAGCAAAGGUAACAUCUUUAACGCCGCUUGAGCGUGAAUUCGGUGCCCUCAUGGCGCUUCAAUAUUACGAUCUUUGCGAUGAGAUCGUCAGGGCCAAACCCUCGCCUAUCCUUAAUUACUCGGAUGCCAGUCUCAAGCCUCUCGCAGAUAACUAUAAUGUUAAUCCCGCUCAGGCAAAGGCCAUCAAAUCUGCACUGGACAACGAUGCUUUUACUUUAAUCCAGGGGCCUCCAGGUUCGGGAAAGACAAAAACCAUUGUAGCCCUUGUGGGUGCACUAUUGACCAAGUCCCUUGGGGAUCAAGGAGUUGCCAUAUCACGCCCAACUGCGCCCGGCAAUUCGCGGCCCGCUGCAAGAGCAACGACCUCGAAGAAGCUCCUUGUUUGUGCACCAAGUAACGCUGCUGUCGAUGAGUUGGUCAUGCGAUUCAAGGACGGUGUCAAAACAAUUCAUGGACGCAACGAGAAGCUGUCAGUUAUUCGUCUGGGGAGAACAGAUGCUAUCAACACAAACGUCCUUGAUGUUACUCUCGACGAACUAGUGAAUGCAAGGAUAAACCAAACAUCUCGCAAAGAAUCAGGUGAGACAGACUUACAGUCGAUAUAUAUGGAGCAUAAGGCCGCAGACACCGCAUUUAAAGAAACCCGCUCGAAGAUCGACCAAUGCAGAGCGCAAAGCCUCCCCGUCCCGCAUGAACUAGAGCGAGAAUUCGAUCUGCUCAAAAAGAAAAAGACGCUCUUGAGCCAACAGAUCGAUAACGCGAGAGACAAAAACCACACUGCUGUUCGCGACGCAGACCUUAACCGCCGACGGAUUCAGCAGGAGAUAAUUGACGGAGCUCAUGUCAUUUGCGCAACCCUCAGUGGUAGUGGGCAUGACAUGUUCCAAAACUUGAGCAUCGAAUUCGAAACAGUCGUUAUUGACGAAGCGGCCCAAUCGAUCGAAUUGAGCGCACUUAUUCCGCUCAAAUAUGGCUGCUCCAAAUGUAUCCUUGUCGGAGAUCCAAAGCAACUGCCACCUACGGUUCUGUCAAAGGUCGCUUCAAAGUACCAGUACGAGCAGAGCUUGUUCGUUCGAAUGCAGUCAAAUCACCCCAAGGAUGUGCAUCUGCUGGACAUUCAAUAUCGUAUGCAUCCAGAAAUCAGUAUGUUUCCGCGCACGGCGUUCUACGAGGGUAGGUUACAGGAUGGCCCCAACAUGGCGCGUCUACGUACUCGCCCAUGGCAUCAAAGCGAGCUUCUUAGUCCGUACCGUUUUUUCGACGUGCAGGGUCUCCACCAAAGUGCUACCAAAGGACACUCCUUGGUAAACUUUGCGGAGUUGAAGGUUGCAAUGCAGCUCUAUGAACGCCUGUUGACAGAUUUCCGGGACUAUAACUUCAGCCGCAAGAUUGGUAUCAUUACUCCGUAUAAAGGUCAGCUAAGGGAGCUUAAAAACCAAUUCGCCAACAAAUAUGGAAACUCGAUCUUCAAUGUAAUCGACUUCAACACUACGGAUGCCUUCCAGGGUAGAGAAGCCGAGGUCAUUAUCUUCUCCUGUGUCCGAGCCUCUAAUAAAGGGAUUGGUUUCUUGUCCGACAUUCGUCGUAUGAACGUCGGUUUGACCCGUGCCAAGUCAUCACUUUGGGUCCUCGGCAAUUCACAGUCUUUAAUCCAGGGAGAAUUCUGGAAAGGUCUAAUAACCGACGCUCGUCGGAGAAGCUUAUACACUGGUGGUGAUAUCCCGACUAUUCUCAAGAAACCCCAGUUUACUGGCUAUAAGAACGUGGAAAUGGCUGAAGCCGACGCGCCAGAACCUGCGGUGUCAUCGAGGGCCCCUUCUGCUGGGUCUAUCUCCCGACCAUCUUCAGCAUCUCUUGAUAACCUUCCAUCUGAGUCUUCUUCAUCUGGAACUGCAUCAAGGAAAGGUACGCCUCUGGUAUCAAAGCCUGAAGGGCCAUCAGGUGGCUAUAAUGGCUUGGACGAAACGCGCAACUGUGGUAUUUGCGGAAGCUUCGUUCACUUGACGCCUAACUGUGACAACGAGGAGUCGAAGGAAAUAGCGCGGGGCAAUUGCUUCAGAUGCGGAGAAGCCGGCCAUACGAAGUUCAAUUGCACCGCUGAACGCUGCAUGGAAUGUGGGCAAUUUGGCCAUGGCUCAAAUAACUGUCGUUCGACAGCCGUCUUACCAAAACAUGAAAAGAUGCGAAUUGCACGGGAUGAGCUCCAUCAUUCUCGAAACCAGAAAUCACGAGCUGAGAGGCAGCGACAGAAGCAAUUAGGCGGACAUGAUCCCAAGGUGCCCGUUAUCCAAGUUCCUACAGAGAAGCCGAAGGUCCAAAGCACCGAUGCUUCGAGCAAGCGCAAGCGUACGGACUCUCCAGCGUCUGAUGGCUCCAAGAUUUCUCGACAAGGAAAGGCAGAUCAAAGUGCACCUCGAAGUGCACCAACUGGCCCAAAGAAUCAGCGACGCAAGCUUGAUGCCAAAGUCCCCCCGCCAAGCACAGAGAGUUUGGUGAAGCCUUCACGGGAUGGACCGGCGUACGCCCCGCUAAACAGUGAUAAAAACAUGGGGGGCCCGCAGACAGGCCCAGGUCCUGCAAGUAAUCCUCCUCGGCCUCCACCACAACGACCAGGAAACGGACCUCGGCCGCCACCACCCAUGCGGAAAAAGAAAGAGGCCGAUCCGUUCAUUCGGCCAAAGCGACGGUAA